UUUGUUUUGUUUCUUAAUAGACAGAAUGGCUCUGAUUGUGGCAAGUAUAGAUUUCGGCACCACCUUUUCUGGACGGGCGUAUUCCUUCGUGCAUGAUCACGACAAUAAUCCUGUUAAGUCCAGAAACUGGAAUUCAUGAACUUUGAUAUCAAGCAAAGCGCAAACAUGCGUACUGAUGAAAGCAGAUGGAACAACACUCGAAGCCUUCGGCUACGACGCAGAAAGUAAAUAUGCAGAGCUCGCUGCAGAAGAAAAUCACACUGAUGUUUACUUCUUUCAGACAUUUAAGAUGAAGUUGUUCGAUAAUGAGGGAACCAUAGGAAAUUCUACGCUCUUAGAGGAUGAAACUGGAAAGAAACUGAAGGCAUUGACCGUAUUCUCGUUAACAAUAAAAUACCUUAUUGACGAUGUGAUGGACUUUCUCAAUAAGCAAAUAACAAAUGGCGUUAACAAAAAUGACAUCAACUGGGUUCUGACGGUACCAGCUAUUAGGGACGAUCAUGCAAAACAAUUUAUGAGGACAGCAGCCAGAGAAGCUGGAAUAGAAAUAGGUCAUCUCAGCCUUGCACUUGAGCCCGAAGCUGCUUCCAUCUACUGCCGGCACAUUAAAAUGUCAAGAGAAGAGAACUCCACUGGUGCGGAUAUUUCAACAUUCCAGCCUGACACGCGGUACCUGAUUUGUGAUGCUGGAGGAUUACGGGGGUCACUGGUUCGAGUCCUGCUGCAGGCUACUUUUUUUGCUUUUUUGUUUUAUUUUUGAUUUUUUACUGGAGCUUUUAAAAAUUUAAAUGUUUACAUUUAUCAAUAUAAAGCAUUUAAUGACAAACUUCAAAACAUGCCAAAAUCUGUGAAAAGGCAACUUUAAUCAACAUUUGUAAAAAUAGCUGUGAAUGACAAACUACUUAAACCUGUCGGUAGGAAAAACUCGCGUACACAUAUUUGAAAUAUUUAUGGGCGAUUCACCUUAUGCAGGGUUUUAUUUAAUAUUUUCAUUGCUUUUUUGUGUGUUUCUAGGUUUAUUAUACAAUGUUUUAUAUACAUUAACAUAUUAACAUAACAAAAUAUGUGUGUGUUAAGAUGUUUUGUUUUCAACUUGGUUCACAUAAUUAUGACAUUUAAAAAAUAUCAAUGUGAAAGUUACACAUAACAUAUAUCAUGGUUAAUUUUUAUUUUACAUGCAUAAACUAUUUUGUUGUAAUAGGUUAAUUGCAUAUCUAUGUAGAACAUUGUUUUUGUAAAUAGUCUUUCAGAUUUCAGUUUAAAGCUUUCCUCAAUCAGCUCCACUUCCUACUCUAUUUUAUUUUUAAGUUCUUAUUGGUAUUUCGUUUAUUACUGAAUGUAUACAGAGUUACAAAAAGGACCGUCCUGUUUUAUAUGAUGAAAUAGUUUCUGUCGAUGUUAACAUUUCUUGUUUUAUUUUUAUUUUGUACACCAUGAAAUCAGUGAAAGGUACUCAAUAUUUGUCAUAGAGAAACGGGAUGUGAUAUAAUAUGAACCGUUAAUGCGUAUUGUUUCUACAAGAUAUUCUUUAAUAAAAGUGUAUUCUUCAUGUUGCAUCAUUUCAAUACACUCAGAGUGGCGUGUAAAUGGAAAAUAUUGAUGACAAUGGUAUUUACCAGUUUUUGAUAAUCAUUGAUUUCACAUGUUGUUGUUCAAUUUUAACGGUUGUCUAGACAAUUGUCCAUCGCUUGAUUUACAUUCGCAUACCACGAUGAUGUAUAUUAAUUUUAUUUUGUUUUGCAUAUUCGCGCAAGUUGGCUCUGCAUGUGGCCUUAACAUAAUGAGUAAAAACAACUACAAAGUGUGUUAUUUUGAUGUUUCUCUUCGCGUAGUUAUUAGCUUGGUCAUUAUCUAAAGAUGGAAAUAUUUUGAAUAUAAAUCAAGUUGCCCAAGAUUUAAGUGUUUUCAGCAAAUACAAUUUCUGAUAAAUUAGGUUAGAAUCUUAUUAACAUAACAUUCAAUUGCAUGUAUUGUAACUCUAAGAAUGAUUGAUAAACACGUGCUUGAUUAUUUUAUAAUUGCAUUGUAAGGAAUUGUGUGUUGUGUACACAGGGUGCAGGAUCACGUGACUUUUUGGGGUUCCAUCUUCUCCGAUUUCAGACGUAUUCGAGGAUUUAUUCUUAUACCUUAAGAUAUCGACACAAACUGCUAUAAAAACUGUAUAUGCACUAUAGAUGUUUGCAAUUGUAUUUCAAUUAUUAAACUUGAGAUAUUUGGAAAAAUAAAGUUCUUAACGGUGUCAUUACAUUCUGUCCAGCCGGUGUGUAAACCCCUGAAAACCCCGUUGAUUCUGCACCCUGUACAAUGAAUGAUUCACAUACAUCUGUUGUUUUAAGUGCUUUUAUAAAAUGCUGAAUAUUUGUAUGUCUAAAUAAACUUUGAAUAGUGAA